ACUUGCAGACGGAUUAUUUGGACUGCGCGCGAAACGGCUCAAACGGUAGAAGAAGAGAAAGGAUAAGGUGAGGUGAGGGGGAUGGAGGAGAAGCUAUCGGCGGUGGCGAAGACACUAAAACCCUCUCCAAUUCAACAACUGUCCCUUCUUGCCCAGAGUUGCAACGCUGUCAACCUCGCCGAAGGCUUCCCUGAUUUCCCCGCUCCUUCCCACAUCAAGGACGCCGCCGUCUCCGCCAUCAAUUCCGACUUCAAUCAAUACAGGCAUGUUCAAGGAAUUUGUGAUCAAGUGGCAAAGAUCAUAAAGUACAUGCAUGGAUUAGAUGUCGAACCUCUAACGGAUAUAGCUAUUUGCUGUGGUCAGUCCGAGGCAUUUGCGGCAACAACGUUUGCGUUAUUAGACAAGGGUGAUGAAGUUGUACUGUUUGAUCCUUCAUAUGAGACAUAUGAAACAUGCAUCAAAUUAGCUGGAGGUGUCCCAGUAUAUGUGCCACUCGACCCACCUUGCUGGACUUUGGAUGCAGAUAAACUCAUGAAGUCCUUAACUGUUAAAACAAAAGCUAUUGUAUUGAACAGCCCUCAUAAUCCAACUGGAAAAGUUUUCACCAAGGAUGAGCUUGAGACAGUUGCUGGAGCUUGCCACACCAGGGAUUUACUGGCCAUAACAGAUGAAGUAUAUGAGCAUAUAACAUAUGACAAGAAGAAACAUAUAUCGUUGGCCUCACUUCCAGGAAUGCAAAAACGAACUAUCAUUACCUCUUCAUUGUCAAAGACAUACAGUGUUACAGGUUGGAGGGUCGGAUGGGCAGUUGCUUCUGCUUGUAUUGCGUCUGCUAUUAGAAAUAUCCAUAUCAAACUAACAGACUCUGCUCCAGCACCUUUCCAGGAAGCUGCCUUGACUGCAUUGAGAAGCCCCUUAGAGUACUUUGAAUUAUUGCGAAGGGAUUAUGAAUCAAGAAGAGAUUACACAGUCAAGUUGCUUUCUGGGGUUGGUUUCCAGGUUCAGUUUAAGCCUGAGGGUUCAUUUUUUCUUUUUGUGGAGCUUCCAGAGAAUUGCGUGGUAUCUGAUGUGGAAUUUGUUGAGGAACUAAUUAAACAAGCGGGGGUGGUUGCUGUACCAGGAUGCGGAUUUUUUCACAGAGACUUAUAUUUGGAUAAGUUUUUUCCAGCAGAUUAUAGCUAUCAGAAAAGAUAUAUCAGGUUUGCUUUCUGCAAAAGUGAUGCCACUUUGGCUGCCGCUGCACAAAAAAUUGGUGAGCUUGUGAAUUCUUCAGGGCUUCUCAAACUGUUCCAUUCUGACAGAAAGAUGCAGUAAGAUGACAUGUGGGAAGUAAUGGUAUGUUAUUUAACCUCAUUAAAUUUGGCCGCUGAUAAUACAGGGAAAGUAUGAGAUGUACUGACCCUAAUGGACAUUCAUUAUGCAUUGUAUUGCUAGUGCAGUGUGUUUUACAACUUGCAAAUGUUUCCCAGUAUAAGCAUAAAGACUUUAAUGCCC